CGCUUGUUUUCACCCGGAAGUGCUUCCGCUGCUACUGAGCAAAGAUGGCGGCUGACACUGCAACGGAGCUGCUGUUUUUAGACACUUUCAAGCACCAGAGCGCGGAGCAAAGUACCAAUAUAGAUGUAGUUCGUUUUCCAUGUGUUGUUUAUAUAAAUGAAGUACGUGUCAUUCCUCCAGGAGUAAGAGCUCACACAAGUUUGCCUGACAAUAGAGCUUAUGGAGAGACAUCCCCACAUACAUUUCAGUUAGAUCUGUUUUUCAACAAUGUCAGCAAGCCAAGUGCUCCUGUUUUUGACAGGCUGGGAAGCCUUGACUAUGAUGAGAACUCUUCAAUUAUCUUUAGACCCAAUGCAAAGGUCAACACGGAUGGAUUGGUCCUAAGAGGCUGGUACAACUGUCUGACAUUAGCAAUAUAUGGAUCAGUUGAUAGGGUAAUAAGUCAUGACAGAGAUUCUCCUCCACCCCCUCCACCACCACCUCCUCCUCCCCAGCAACAACCAGGUUUGAAAAGAAACCCAAAACAUGUUGAUGGGGAGAAAGAAGAUCAGUUCAAUGGGAGCCCUCCAAGACCACAGCCCAGGGGACCAAGGACUCCUCCAGGCCCUCCACCUCCUGAUGAUGAUGAAGAUGAGCCCAUGCCUGUGACAGUGGCUGGGGAAAAGGAAGAUGAUGUUGAUCACAGGGAGGACUACUUUGAGCCAAUUUCUCCUGAUCGAACAUCCGUUCACCAAGAAGGCCAGUACUCUGAUGAAGGGGAGGUAGAGGAGGAGCAGCCAGAAGAAGGGGAGGAUGAGGAGGAAGAUGUGGAUGUUGAGGAAGAUGAGGAAGAGGACGAGGAGGAUGGCCAUACAGUAGAGAGUAUUCCUGAGGAGGAAGACGAGGAGGAGGAGGAGGAAGAUGAGGAAGAGGAAGAAGAGGAAGGUGAGGAGGAGGAGGAGGAGGGUGAAGGUGAUGAUGGCUAUGAGCAGAUUUCAAGUGAUGAAGAUGGAAUUGCUGAUCUGGAACGUGAAACAUUUAAGUAUCCAAGCUUUGAUAUUGAAUAUACUCCUGAGGAUCUAGCCUCAGUGCCACCUGUGACAUAUGAGCCUUAUGAAAGAGAGCUUGGACCUCUUUUGUACUUUAAUUGUCCUUACAAGACCAUAUUUGAGGUUGAAGUUGGUAAGAUAAAGGAUCAAGAUCCAGACAAGGAAAAUUCAGGGGCAGUGGAAGCCUCAGUUAAGCUAAUUGAACUCCUGGAAUUAUAUCAGGAAGAAAGGGGUGCAAAGUGGGUCACAGCUUUAGAAGAAAUUCCAAAUUUAAUAACAAAAGGACUAAGCUUCCUGCAAGUGAAGAACACAACACAGGACUAUAUUACCCAGUUAGUAGAUUGGACAAUGCAGGCUUUAAACUUACAGGUAGCUCUCAGGCAGCCUAUUGCUUUGAAUGUCCGACAGCUUAAAGCUGGAACAAAAUUGGUGUCAUCGCUAGCAGAAUGUGGGACUCAGGGAAUCAUGGGACUCUUGCAUUCAGGAGUUAUUAAUGCAUUAUUUGAAUUGUUAUUUGCAGAUCAUGUUUCAUCUUCCCUUAAACUUAAUGCUUUUAAAGCUUUAGAUAGUGUUAUCAGCAUGACUGAGGGAAUGGAAAUGUUUUUAAGAGGUGGGUUAGAGGUACAUGAAAAAAGUGGUUAUCAGAAACUCUUGGAGCUCAUACUAUUAGAUCAGACUGUGAGAGUAGUCACUGCAGGUUCUGCAAUUCUGCAGAAAUGCCAUUUCUAUGAGAUUCUGUCGGACAUUAAAAAGCUUGGUGACCACUUAGCGGAGAAUACUCCUCCCCUUCCUAAUCAUAUGGAGUCUGAGCAGGAACCAGACCUUGGACUUGAGAGAACCAACCCAGAAUAUGAAAAUGAUGUGGAGGCACCUAUGGAUAUGGAUCAUCUUUUGGAAUCUUCUAAUAUCAGUGAAGGAGAAGUAGAAAAACUUAUUAGCCUCUUAGAUGAACUCUUUCAUUUGAUGGAGACUGCACCACAUACAAUGAUUCAGCCACCAGUAAAAUCUUUUCCAACAAUGGCGCGCAUUACAGGACCCCCAGAAAGGGAUGAUCCAUAUCCAGUCCUUUUCAGAUACCUUCAUAGUCACCAUUUCUUGGAAUCUAUCACCUUGCUACUAUCCAUUCCAAUAACAAGUGCUCAUCCUGGUGUGCUUCAGGCUGUCAGAGAUGUGUUGAAGUUCCUGGGACAGUCACAAAAAGGUCUCCUCUUCUUCCUGUCUGAGUAUGAAGCAACAAACCUGUUGAUUAGGGCGCUGUGUCAGUUUUCUGAUCCAGAUCAAGAAGAAGGUCUCCAAUCAGAUGGUGGCAGUGAUGAUGCAUUUGCUUUGUGGCUCCUGCAUUCAACACAGACACUGCAGUGUAUUUCAGAAUUAUUCUGCCAUUUUCAGCGGUGCACAGCCAGUGAGGAAACUGACCAUUCAGACCUCUUGGGAACAUUUCAUAACCUUUACCUGAUUACUUUUAACCCUGUUGGAAGAUCUGCUGUAGCUCAUGUGUUCAGCCUUGAGAAGAACCUCCAAAGUCUUAUUACUUUAAUGGAAUACUAUUCCAAAGAAGCUAUAGGUGAUUCCAAGUCCAAGAAGUCGGUAGCCUAUAAUUAUGCAUGCAUACUUGUUUUGCUGGUGGUUCAGUCUUCCAGUGAUGUCCAAAUGCUGGAACAGUACUCAGCGCCUUUAUUGAAGCUUUGUAAGGCAGAUGAAAAUAACACCAAAUUGCAAGAGCUCUGCAAGUGGCUUGAACCUUUGAAAAAUCUUAGAUUUGAAAUUAAUUGUAUCCCAAAUCUCAUUGAAUAUAUUAAACAGAAUAUUGAUAGUUUGAUGACCCAGGAAGGAGUUGGUCUUCUUACUGCACUCCGUGUUCUUUGUCAUGUUGCAUGCCCGCCACCUCCUGUUGAAGGUCAACAGAAGGAUCUUAAAUGGAACCUUGCAGUUAUUCAGCUCUUUUCUGCUGAAGGAAUGGACACCUUCAUUCGGGUUCUGCAAAAGUUGAACAGUAUUCUUAUUCAGCCUUGGAGGCUCCAUGUCAACAUGGGAACCACACUUCAUAGAGUUACUACCAUUUCCAUGGCACGAUGUACACUUAAUCUCCUUAAAACGAUGUUAACUGAGCUCCUGAGAGGUGGAUCUUUUGAAUUUAAAGACAUGCGUGUUCCUUCAGCACUUGUUUCUUUACAUAUGCUUCUGUGUUCUAUCCCCCUCUCAGGCCGUUUAGAUAGUGAUGAACAAAAAAUUCAGAAUGACAUUAUUGAUAUUUUAUUGACCUUUACCCAGGGAGUUAAUGAAAAACUUACAAUUUCAGAAGAAACUUUGGCCAAUAAUACUUGGUCUUUAAUGUUAAAGGAGGUCCUCUCUUCAAUUUUGCGAAUUCCUGAAGGAUUUUUCUCUGGACUUAUACUGCUUUCAGAAUUGCUGCCUCUUCCAUUGCCCAUGCAAACAACUCAGGUUAUUGAACCACAUGAUAUAUCGGUGGCACUCAACACCAGAAAACUCUGGAGCAUGCAUCUCCAUGUUCAGGCCAAAUUGCUACAGGAAAUAGUUCGAUCAUUCUCUGGUUCAACUUGUCAGCCUAUUCAGCAUAUGCUGAGGCGUAUCUGUGUUCAGUUGUGUGACUUGGCAUCACCAACUGCUCUUCUUAUCAUGAGGACUGUUUUGGAUCUGGUUGUAGAAGAUCUACAAAGCAGUACAGAAGAUAAAGAGAAACAGUACACUGGCCAGACUACCCGAUUACUUGCUUUACUUGAUGCCCUGGCUUCACACAAAGCUUGUAAAUUAGCUAUUUUGCAUCUGGUUAAUGGAACUAUUAAAGGUGAUGAGAAGUAUGCAGAAGUGUUCCAGGAGCUGUUGGCUUUAAUGAGAUCUACUGGGGACAAUGUUAUUCACCAGCAAUGUGCUGAAUAUGUAACAUCCAUUUUGCAGUCCCUCUGUGAUCAGGACAUAGCACUAAUUUUGCCAAGUUCCUCAGAGGGAUCUGUUUCUGAAUUAGAACAGCUUUCCAAUUCAUUACCAAGCAAGGAAUUGAUGUCCUUAAUCUGUGACUGUCUGAUGGAAACACUUGCUAAUGCAGAGACCAGUUAUAAUUGUCUCCUGACAUGUAUCAGGACAAUGAUGUUCCUUACAGAGCAUGAUUAUGGAUUCUACCACUUAAAGAGCUCUCUAAGAAAACGCAACCAUGCUCUGUAUACUGUAUCAAAGCGAGUAAUAAGUAUCUUUAGUAAGGAUACAGGUGAACUGGCUUCUUCUUUUUUGGAUUUUAUGAGACAAAUUCUAAACUCCGACACACUGGGAUGUUGUGGAGAUGAUGGAAGUCUUAUGGAAGUAGAUGGUUCCCAUCCAGCCAGAACACUGGGUCUUACUACUGCAGAGUUAAAACAUUUAUUACAGAAUAAAGAAGAAACUCCAGAAAAUUUGCUCAUUGAACUGGAGAAACAUGUUUUGGAACAUUCUAAAGAAGAUGACAGCCUUGAAUCCUUAUUGGACAAUGUAGCUGGACUUCGGCAGAUGCUGGAAUCAGCAGGCGAUCCUUGUCCUCUGAGUGACCAAGAUGUAGAACCAGUUCUUUCUGCACCAGACUCUCUCCAGAAUCUGUUUAAUAAUAGGACAACAUAUGUGUUGGCAGAUAUGAUGGAUGACCAGCUGAAAUCUAUGUGGUUCUCACCAUUCCAGGCUGAAGAAAUUGACACUGAUCUGGAUAUGGUAAAAGUUGACUUAAUUGAACUGUCAGAGAAAGGCUGCAGUGACUUUGACUUGCAAGCAGAACUGGAGAGAUCAUUUUUGUCAGAACCUUCAUCUCCUGGUAGGACGAAAACCACAAAAGGGUUUAAACUUGGCAAACACAAGCAUGAGACGUUUAUAACGUCAAGUGGAAAAUCUGAGUACAUUGAACCUGCAAAGAGAGCACAUGUUGUGCCACCUCCUAGAGGAAGAGGCCGGGGAGGAUUUGGACAAGGUAUUCGACCACAUGAUAUCUUUCGUCAAAGGAAACAGAAUACAAGCAGACCACCUUCUAUGCAUGUGGACGAUUUUGUUGCUGCAGAGAGCAAAGAAGUGGUCCCUCCAGAUGGGAUACCACAACCUAAAAGGCCACCAAAAGUAUCCCAGAAGAUAUCUUCACGUGGCGGAUUCUCAGGGAAUCGUGGAGGACGGGGAGCUUUUCACAGUCAGAACAGAUUCUUUACACCACCUGCUUCAAAAGGAAAUUACAAUCGUCGUGAAGGAGCCCGGGGUUCAAGCUGGAGUGCACAAAAUACACCACGAGGCACCUACAAUGAAAGCAGAGGGGGUCAAAGCAAUUUUAAUAGGGGCCCUCUGCCACCAUUGAGGCCAUUAAGUUCUGCAGGCUAUCGACCCAGUCCUCGUGAUCGUGCUUCCAGAGGCCGUGGUGGAAUUGGACCGUCUUGGGCGAGUGCUAAUAGUGGUGGUAGCGGUGGCUCAAGAGGAAAGUUUGUUAGUGGAGGCAGUGGAAGAGGUCGUCAUGUACGUUCCUUCACACGAUAAAAAUGAGACCUUACAGAACAACCCAGCAGGGUGAACUUCUCAUGCUGAUGACAACAAAAAGAGGCACUAAAGGACCAAUUUAGACUUACUGAUAUCUGAAGACAGUGAGAGAAUAUUUUUGUUCGAAGAAAGCAGUUUUUGUUUGAAACAAGACUUGAAAUUUCAAUAAAAUUCAAGACUUUUUGUGUACAAUUGUAUAUCUUUUAUUCCCCUUGAAAGAACAUUUUAACUUUUUCGUGGACUUCUGUAGACAAUACUGAAUAAGGAACCCAUGUGAAUUAAGACUUCAAUAAUUUCUCUUCUAAAAUAUUAAUUGUGCCAAAAGCAA